CAAUCCGUCCUCCUCAGCAGUGCCCAGGCCUAUUCUUAGCACCGGGGGACAUCGAAGACUUCUUCAAACGCACCUUUUAAGCGUCUUCAUUUGUGAAACUCAAAAUAGACGGCUGGCUGUACGGGACAAUUUUUUUUUUUUUUUACCAGCCCCCUACCCGGCGGUGUCAGCUAUCUUGUGCCUCGGAUUUCGAUGGAGUGAGGCUAUAAAAGGGUCACCUGGGGCAUUGGGAAGAUCACUGCAGUCGACGCGAGUCUUGCCUGUAUCAUCCGUGCCCUACAAAAGCGAAGACAUCAGAGACCAGAAUGGCCUUCGCUGGCGUACUGAGCGAUGCGGACGUCGCUGCAGCCCUGGAGGCGUGCAAAGACGCCGGCACGUUCGACUACAAGAAGUUCUUCAAGUCCUGCGGCCUGGCCGCCAAGAGCACCGACGACGUCAAGAAGGCCUUCGCCAUCAUCGACCAGGACAAGAGCGGCUUCAUUGAGGAGGACGAGCUGAAGCUGUUUCUGCAGAACUUCAAGGCGGCUGCGCGUCCACUGACCGACGCCGAGACCGAGGCUUUCCUCAAGGCCGGUGACAGCGACGGCGACGGCAAGAUCGGCGCCGAAGAGUUCGCGGCCUUGGUUACGGCAUAAAAUGGCACCGGACCAACAACACCUGCUCUGAUGGAACAACAAAGCCCACGUCGACCCCCCCUCCCUUUGUCAUCUGAAUAUAGAUAAUUUUUAUACAUUUGCUGAAGAGACGUUUCCUCCUACGCAACACACUGUCCAAGAAAUGAUGAUUGUGAAUGUCGGUUGUGUUCAUGUCUUAAAUAUGAAUUUUGCUUACUGUAAGAUCUAUUAUGCACUUUCCAGGAACGAACGGUAAAAAAGAAUAAACAUUCUUUUGCUACU